AUCGACUUCUCACUUCACAGAUUUCCAGUUCUGAGUUCUCGAAAGCACAGACUAGAGUUGGUCAUUAGGAAACUGACCGUCCCCAUUCGAGGCUGACAAGGUAAAUCCUUCACGUUCUAACCAGGCUUCCAUCACUGUCCGGUUCACUUCACCAUCGUCGUAUAGUGCCGCUCACUCCUCGUGAGUAUCAGUGUCCCAGGAUCCUUCGUCCAACGACGUGGCUAACAGGAUGGCAGAGAUUCAGAAGCGCGCGUUGCAAGACAUUUCGAACGAGCUUAUCGAGCUGACGAGGGUGCGCGACGAGCGUCGCAAGGAUGGCAUCGCGACUGGCGACGCCGCAGCUCUGGUGGAGGUGGACGGCGCGGCCAGCCAGGCGGCCGUGGAGCGCGUGAAGACGAAUCUCGUGGAGAGCGGCGUGAAUCUCGCGCUGCUGCACUACCUCAGCCACGCGGGGCCGCUGCUGCUAAGGGACACAUGGCACCUGCCGCGAAGCAAGACAGACGCUGAGGCACAGCGGCAGGAGCUCAAGGCGGCGAACUACGAGGUAGACAUGGUCGCAGAUGACAGAUGCGACGCCCUGCGACAGACGUGCGACAUGCUGGGGGAAGAAAUCGAGGCUGUGGAGGGAAACGAUCUGGAUGCGAAGCUGAGCGCGUUGGCUGACGAGCUCGCAGCCCUGGAGCGGGCAGAGGCGGCGCGGCAGCGGGUGGGGGCAGCAGAAGGGCACGCGGCAUGCGGGGCGGACGGCACGGGCUUGGAGGAGUCGCAGGUGGCAGCUCUGAGUGCCACCAGGGCGGACCUGCUGGCCGCACUGCAGCGCUGCUCGCUGGCUGAAGGGCUCUCCUCGCAGGUGGCUGCUGCUGAGUCACGCCUUCAUCAACUGGAUUCGGACCAACAAAAAGCCAAUGCGGGGAGCCAACGCGGUGCCGGACCACCAAUCGGCACCAUCCCCCACCGCACACCACCGCUCCAAGCCAGCGAGGCAGCGGCAUCAGUGCAGCAGCUGUCCGCCCUGCUGUGCCCUGCCGCCCUCACAGCGCAGACCGCCCACUCCCUCACUCUCCGCCUCUCCCUCCCACCCUUGCACUCGCACCCGAGCCCUGCACAUGCUGCUGUACCCACCUCUGCCACAGAGGGAACUGCUUCUGCUCAGCUGGCGCAUGGCGGGGCAGCGGCGGGCGGCAGUGCGAGCAUGGAGGUGCAGGUGCUGCCGAGGGGAGGGGUCGCCAGUGCUACCAUUGAGGGUGAUGGCAUCUCUCUGCGCUCUCUACCUCUGCACCCUGCAGGCCAUGCUGCUGCCAGGCCCACACAGCUCCACCAGCAGCAGCAGCACGGCGUGAGUAGCGUCGUGCCAGUGGCAGCAGCAGUGGCGGAGGCCAGCUGCCUGCUGCGCCUGCUGGCGCUGCGCAGGGAGCACAUGGCUCGUGCCCUCGAGAACGCCCCCAUGCCUCCAAGGUACCUGGUGGAGAUGGCAGGCCAGGACGCCUUCAUUGUCAGGUGGGCCAACGGCGCCACCGUUACCCUCCGGGCCUGCAACGACUGGCCAAUGCUGGGCGGCCAUCUGGCAGUGGCAGACGUGGCGCUGCCCCAGACAGCCCAGUCAACGGAGGAGAAGCAACAGCUGUGCUCGCUCCUGGACAAUGCUGUGGGAGCGGUGCAGCAGCAGGGCAGCGAGCCCCAGGCGCUGGGAGCGGCGAUCGAGGCCGUGAGUGCGUGCCUGCGCAGGGCCAUGAUGACAGCGCUCAAGAGGGCGCGACGAGGUGACGGCGUCAACACGUGAAGCCGUGACGAUGUGUGGUGGUGCUCUGGUUGAUAUGCGAAGGUGGAACAGGGGAAUGGGAAGGACGUGUGAAUAGGGGCAGUAGCCUAACAGCAAGUACAGGUAUGCCGCAAAUGUGCAAUCGUGAUACUUGGUCAGUCGUAUGUAGACCAGCAUCUAAGUAUACUUCUGAUCUGAGCGGCAUUGUAAAAUGAUUAAACUUCCUAACACGGGCCUGGUCAACAAACUUAUAUAUCUACUGGUAUUUGAUUAGUUACGUUAUUUGUGUUUGUAUAGCCUAGUUAGGUCAG